AUGCCCACUGAAUUCAUCGCCACAUACAGGGUCGGACUGGACCACUCUGCAGAGACCAAGACCUGCAUCCAGCCAACACCCAUCACCCCCCGCUGCACCAUGAAUGAGUUCGUACCGUUAUCCCAUGAGCAUCACUUGCUCAAUGUCACAGCCAUCUAUCCUGACGGCAUCACUACCACCCUCUUUCCCUUUGUACCUGAGGACAUCAUCAAACCAGACCCUCCAGUGAUCUUCCGUGUGAGCACCGUCUCUGAGAAUGAACUGGAAGUGCAAUGGUUUGCUCCCAGGUCUUGGCCCUAUCCAGAGGAUAUCCCACUCAAAUACCAGCUUCGCUACAAGCCCUGCAAGUCUAAGGACUUCCGGCAGGGAGAUCCCACUGAAGCCACCACCUUAAGGAUCAAGGCGACGCUUCGGAAGCGCACGUACUGCAUCCAGGUCAACGCCCAGCAUCACUUGGGCUAUGGGAAGCCAAGUGAAUGGAGUCCUACUACCGUUUUCCCUGUCACUCCCUUCAAGUAG